CCCCUCUCCUUCUUGCUAAGUGAAGUUACGUUCCGUCGUACCUCGCCGGAAAACAUUCACUGUCGCCAUAAACUACGGUGUUGCAGAAAUAGUUGCUCUAGGUUUGAAGGAAAGUUAUCACUUGGUGGUUGUUGGAUCUAUAAGCUUGCAUCUUUGAAUCUCUGUUCGCACUUUUCACCUUCUCUCUCUAGAAAAUGAGGACGGAUAUGGUGAAUAGGUGUUUGAGUUUAUCACAACAUUCGAUUCCACACUCACCUGCUGCUUCUUCUUCUUCUCCUUCUUCUUCAUUGCAAACGCUGGCCUCUGCAAUAUCUUCACCGUCAGCAAAACGACGGAGUUUGACCCACCGCGCACAGGCUUACCGCUACGUUCACCGGUCGGCGAUAUUUGGGACGAAGCUGAAGAGAUCCGACUCAUCUAGAAAGCCGCAGCUUAUCCAACGCGCCGUCUCCGCCAGCUUAGAUGCAGAGUUUUCCGAUGAAGAAUUCUCAAAGAAAAUUCGAGAACUAGCUCUCCAGUUUCAAGUUUCCGACGAAUUUGGCAAUAAAGAGAAGUAUGACGUUUUAGCAUUGGAAUUGGAAUUGGAAUCGGAGAGCCAGAGCCCAUUUGCUGGUUUGAAGAUGGAGGUGCCUGACUGGCCAGGGGAUAUGAUUCCGGCGAGUAUUGAGCGAAAGGCGAACAGCGUUGAGUUGCCAUUUUCAUUACGAAUUAUCAAGAGGAAGAAACAAUGGCAGGAGGGAAUAAGAGACGCAGGUGAAUCUGCCUAUUGUUCAGUAAAAAAAGCUUUCUCUUCAAUGGUGUUCAUAAUCCGAGAGCUUCAAAGCUACACACUUCAAAUGAGAGAGCUUUUAUACUACGAAGAUUUACAGGGGAUUCUUGUGAGAGUUCAGCAAGAAAUGAACGCAUCUUUCGUCUGGUUGUUCCAACAAGUCUUUUCCCAAACCCCUACUUUAAUGGUGUACGUGAUGAUUCUUUUAGCCAAUUACAGUGUAUAUUCAAUGUCAAACAAUAUCGCACUCGCGGCGCCGCCACCUCCCGCCACCAUAGAGUCGAUUACAGAACACCAAAGUGAAACAAAAUUCGAUUCUUCAUCAGUCAAGACGUUUUCCGUAAAUUCAGGUGGGAAAACCACCUCAAUCGGCGGAAACAACGGUGGCGGUGGGAAAUUCAGGGCAGUUGCCAGCGGGACAGACGGCGACGGAAGAUUUGAUGGAUCUAUAACUUCAUCGUCAUCAAUCGUAAACCCGACAAGGACUAGCGAGGAGUCGGUUUCUGGUCAAGCGAGUAAGGAUAAUGAAUGGGAGUCAUGGAAUUCGAUUGUGGAUGAAGCUGACAGAAUGCUGGGUGUGAUCGGAGACGACGGCGAUCUGGAUCAUGAAACUAUGAAAAGAUUUGUUUCUCCGGUGACUGUGAAAAUCGAGGAAGAAGAUACCGAAGAUCACUCCAAAACAGAGCUUCUUUAUCAAACGGGUCUCUCACAAGAACCCGACAACCCACUUCUUCUCGCGAAUUACGCCCAGUUUCUGUACCUCGUUACAAGAGAUUACGAUAGAGCUGAGGAUUACUUCAAAAGAGCUUCAAUGGUGGAACCUAAAGACGCAGAAGCACUUAACAAAUACGCAAGCUUUUUAUGGCAAGUUCGAAAAGACUUGUGGGCUGCUGAAGAGACUUAUCUGGAAGCCAUUUCUGCCGAUCCUACAAACUCUUUUUAUGCUGCAAAUUAUGCACAUUUCUUAUGGAGCACCGGUGGAGAAGACACUUGUUUCCCUCUUGACUCGCCGGGAAAUAUGUUCUCCGACGAAGUGUGAAUUAACUACCGGCGUCGGAGACGUGGGUUUAGCUUAGAAAGUUGGGAUAUGAUAAUAAACGAGAUUUGAGCGGGAAGUGGUGGUGGAUGGUUGAAAGGUGGGAUAUGAUAAUCUUGAUUUUCCGGCGAAAGGUGGUUUGAAGUUGUCAAAAAUUGUAAUUAAGUUUUGUUGAUAUGAAAUUAUAAAUGAAAAUGAAUUUAGGUGAA